AACCUCGCUUUAAAAUGGCGACAUUCAGUAUACACCCCUGCUAAAGGCUCUCCCGGCGCAGGGGCCACCUCGCGCAGCGGUUCUUCUGCUUCUGCCGCUAACAGAUGGCAUGUGCCACUGUCCGCUGCCGCUGCCCCUACUGCUGCCGCCGAGAGCAGGGCCCCUUAGCUUCUGGGUUUGCGCUAGCAUCAUAAGGUUCUGAAAAGUGCCUUUUCUGAAAACUCUGCCGCUUGGAUUCUACUCUAGAACUGUCUCUUUACCAACCCCUCUGCCAGUCAUUCCCUUCCCCACUCCCUGUCCCUGUCCCCUAAGAAACCUGAUGUGCUCGUAAUUCACUGUCAGCAACCUGUGCAUUUAUUUUUUCUGUGAUUCUCAGUUUCCUUAGUCACUUUCCCUCCCCUUGAUUUUGCAGCAAAACUUUUUUUAGGUUGAAACAUCCUCCUCAGUCUUACUCUUUAUUAAAAAAAAAGCUAAGAAAUAGGAAGAAAAAUUUUCUCUCCCUGACCUGAGACCAUUGCAUUAAUUGAGGGGCAGCCAGCAAGCUAGCCAUUCCACCAAAGCAACCUGCCAUCUCUUCUCAUUGAACUCAAAUUCACUUUUAAUCCUUUCACAAUCAGUAGUGAUAUUGUCCUAAAAAGUGUGCACUUGAUUUACAUUUUGCUUGCAAUAUGACGGCUGUCAAUGUUACCCUGAUUCGUGAUACCAAGUGGCUGACUUUAGAGGUCUGCAGAGAAUUUCAGAGAGGAACUUGCUCUCGAGGUGAUGCAGAUUGCAAGUUUGCCCAUCCACCAAGAGUUUGCCAUGUGGAAAAUGGUCGUGUGGUGGCCUGUUUUGAUUCUCUAAAGGGUCGGUGUACUAGAGAGAACUGCAAGUACCUUCACCCUCCUCCACACUUAAAGACUCAGCUGGAGAUUAAUGGACGUAACAAUCUGAUUCAACAGAAGACUGCAGCAGCCAUGUUCACCCAGCAGAUGCAGCUUAUGCUCCAAAACGCUCAAAUGUCAGCCCUUAAUAUUCCUGUGACUCCAUCACUUACAGCUAAUCCUACCAUGGCUUUCAGUCCAUAUGUAUCUCAUACUGGGAUGAGCCUGGUUCCAGCUGAACUUGUACCAAAUACACCUGUUCUGAUUUCUGGAAAUCCACCUCUCCCACUGACAGGAAUUCCUGCUCCAAAGCUGAUGCGUUCAGAUAAACUGGAGGUGUGCCGUGAAUUUCAGCGUGGAAAUUGUACCCGUGGGGAGAACGAUUGCCGUUAUGCUCACCCUACAGAUGUUUCUAUGAUUGAAGCAAGUGAUAAUACUGUGACUAUCUGCAUGGAUUACAUCAAAGGCCGCUGUUCCAGGGAGAGAUGCAAGUAUUUUCAUCCUCCUGCACACUUGCAAGCCAAACUCAAGGCUGCACAUCACCAGGCGAACCAUUCUGGUGCCACCGCGAUGGCCCUACAGCCUGGUGCACUUCAACUGAUACCAAAGAGAUCGGCCCUUGAAAAGACCAACGGUGCCACCCCGGUCUUUAGUCCCACUGUUUUCCACUGCCAACAGGGCCUGGCUAACGUGCAGCUGCCGCAGCCAGCAUUUAUCCCUGCAGGGCCAAUACUGUGCAUGGCACCCGCAACAAGUUUUGUGCCUGUGAUGCACGGUGCUACACCUACCACUAUGUCUGCAGCAACAACACCUGCCACCAGCGUUCCCUUCGCUGCAACAACUACAGGCAAUCAGUCGAAGUAUUGAACUUGAACAGCAGAGUCAUGGAGUAUCAGAAUCUCCCCAUGAGAAUCUCCAUAUGGCCUGUCUAUAUAUAUUCUCAUAUGUCCUCUUCUACCAACACAACAAUAAGCAUGAUGCAUUCAAUGUAUUAAACAAAGCAAACAUGCCAGCCAACAAAUCCAAGUAAAAUAAAGCAUUAAAGAUAAGUAGAAAUGUUAAAACACGAUCACAAAACUACCAUCCAUCUGAUUUGAAUUAUUAGAUAGAACAUGAUCAUAAAAUAUUGUGAUUUUUUCCCCUGUAACCAUAAAUGAAUUUCCACAGUGUGCUGUUGACUUACUGUACAUUUUGAUGGCUAAAAAUGUUAAUCUGUUUUUGAAGUGUUACCUUACUAUUUUGUUUACAGGAUAGUUUAAUGAGUUGAUUUAGAAUGUAACAAAUAUACCCAGUACCAUUUUCCCCAUGGUGGUAUUAUAUUGGGUUGGGCUAUAUUUAGUUUUCACAUACUAUAGUGUUUUGCUGUAUAUGUGUGGUGUUUGAUAUGAAUUAAAAUGUUAUUAGUAGGGAACAGAAGUUUAUGUGUUUGAAAAACAUGACAGGUUCAUGUUAAUAUCUCUCUUUAGAAUAUUUCUGUAGGUUUCUUGGGGCACACAUAUACAAUGCCUCACUUUUGAGUGUGCACAAACCUGUUCAUAAACAUGCAUGUGUAUAAUUUGUGUCUACAGAUCUAACCUUGUGUAAUUCAAUAAAGUUACUAGAUUUUCUUCAAGAGAGAAAUAAUUAGCCACACAAAGUAGGAAACUUCUUAAAACAUUAACCCCUAAUACACUCCUCUUAAAUAGCUUGAAAAACAAUUGACUUUUUAAUGAAUUUUUUCAGCAUUUCUACUAAAAAUUAUGUAAAGUAACCAUUACAUUUUUUUUUAUUCUCAAGAAUACUAUCUCCUAGGUUGAGUGUCUAAAAUUGAGCCAUUUGUCAUCUUCAGCUGAGAAAGUGGUACUUGGAGGCUUAAAGGUAUGCUAAUUGCAGGUUAUAAAUCAAACAGGUAGGGGAGGUAGAGAUAGUUUUUACAUACUGCCGGAAAGUGUGUAAAACCAUUGCAAUGUAACCUUUUACACAAGUACCAUUUUCCAAAUGCAAAUGGCUCAAGCUCUUAGACUAUUCUUUAAAUAAUAAGAUACAAUCUAGCACAAGUCAGUCAGGGUGAAAGAGAAUUGGUUCCAAAUGAGGCCUUUCCUCUUCAAAUGGACAAUCUUCUCUAUUGAUCACAGAGGGAGCCUGAGUACAGGUUUGGGGAAAUGGCAGGGACGGGGGCAGGGAGGCAUUUAAAAUUACCCUUUGAUUUAUGCAAAAGAACUGGGAAAGAUGUCACACUUGUCUUGAGCUUAAGUUUAACUGAAUUGGCAAUUUUGUUAAACACUUCAGUGAAGGACCAAGUGCCUGUGAUACAUGACAAGUGUUUUCCUGCCCAAGCUUUAACAUCAGAAUCUUUUGCAUCAAAACUUAGGCUCUUUUUUUUCAUUUGUUUAGAGUCAUUCCUUAUAUCUGCUUAUAAUAGGGUAGAUUAACACUCUUUGGUUAAUAUAGAGUGACUGUAUUCCUCAGAGAUGAGCUGCAUUCUCAUUAAUACACAAGUAAAAUAGCAAUUAAUUUCUGUGCUCUAUAGUACAUCUCCAUUCUAUUCAAUUAUACAGUGGUAGAAACAUAUGAUAUUUUAUACCAACAUAGAUUUAAUAUUUUCUACUAAAUUUAUGUUCUCUCACUGGAAAAUAUAAAGCCAUCAAAUUUGAUAUAGAGAAAAGAGUUGUUUUUCUCCUUCAUGAAAAUGACCAGCAAGGAGAAAAUAUGAUUUAGGAUACCUUAAGCCAGCUGGUAGGUUUGAAUUAAGAAACAAUGGAAUCAGCAAAAACUUUUCACAGUUUAUAAGACUGAAACUCAAGACUAGGUGACCUCCGCAAAGCUAAGUAACCAUUGUGAGACUCAGAACCAUCUCCAGACUCCAAUUGUAAAUCCUUUUAAUGAUGUGCUUCAGAGCAUUUUAGAUUCCCAUCUCAAAGCAGGUCAGUUUGGCUCAGAAUACAAAAGAGUAGAAUUAACUCCAGUAGUUGGUAUUCUAUUGGUCUUAAUUAUCAACCCAAAUCCUGCUCAACAGUGAUUUCUAAACAGUCUUGCUUGUAUUGAGCUACUGUCAUCUGUUAACAGUGUUGCCUGCAGUUAGAGAUCAAGAUUUGUUCCUUUACCUGUAACUCUCUGAACCACUAGUUUUCUCUUUCCUGACAUCUUAACAUUGCUAGAGAAGAAACUAGGGUAUGCCUUUUGGAGAUGCCUUGUGUUUGGAGCUGAGUUUUGUGUAACCUGUGUCAGUGACUCUCCAGAAGGGCAGUUCUGACCACACGAAUCCAGAAAGGAUGCACCUGACCUAGUCUAGAUGUAUUCCUUAAUGAAGAUGGGAACUUUUUUUGUGCAAAUGAACUUUUUUGACAUUUUUGAUACAACAUACUAUCUCAUUUAACUUUUUAAACUUUUGACAAAGAUGUACAUAGACAUAAAGUACAGCUGUUUUCAUGUUGCCGUAAGCACUGGAAGACAUUAAUAAUGAUCUAUUUUUAGUAAAAGAUUGAGUGAGGAACAUUCAGGGUAGUUGUAUUUUGGGUGCCACCGUUUUCUACAUUGUUGACAUUUGAAAAGUUGCUAUAUAAAUGAAUUUAAGGAAAGAAAGUUCAAAGCCCUAAAGAUUUGAUCAAAUUCAACAGAGUUUUGAGAAAAUGAAAUUUUAAAACAGCACUCUUUAAAUUAGUUGUGCAAUGACUUAUUCAAAUUAUCUUUAUUCAAGAAAAGACUAGACUAAUAAGUCAUUAGACUAUAAAUUCCCAGUUAAAAAGACAAGUCACAAACUAAUCAGUGACUCUAAGCAAAAAUUUACUGGAUGAAUUAUAUAUAUAAAAUUCUAAUCACUUAUAAUUCUUAGUUAACAUUUUAUAAUCUGUAUUUUACCAGGGCCUCUAUUUUUAUUUAUCCAAAAUUAUUGCUUUUGUCCAUUUUUCUCAGCCUUUUGCAAAAAUAUGCAAGUGUGCUGAAACUUGGAUAAAACGGGUCUUAUAUACAGAAAAAUAAUCUAAAAGUUAUCUUUUAAGAGGAUUUUAAUAGUAUCGAUUUUUUACAAAAAGCACUAUGUUACCAUAAUGAAAGUAUAUUUUAAGGAGGAUUAAGAUUAAAUUAAGUUAAAUGGAUUCAUAAAAAUUGCUAUUUAAAUACAGUAUUUACUUUUGCAAUUGGAGCAUGAUUCCACAACCAGCUGUUGCAUUUCAUUUCACUUUUCUAGAUUAGACUUUAAUUUGUAGCUAAUCAUAAAAGCCAUCUUCUCCCUAUUCCAUCAAGUCAUCUCCAUCAGUUUCUGAUCAUGCUAAAAGCAUUUUGCUGUGGCCUUGAGUGUUGUCCUACAGUGCAAGGCUGUGUUCAGUAGUGGAAAGCCUCAGCGCACCUGCUCUCCAAUUUGGGAAGAUGCCAGCACCUUGUCCCUGCCAUCAGCAGGUACCAAAUGAAAUUACACCUUGAAUCAGUUUGUAAUGGCCUGACCAGUAAUCAUAGUGAUGUCUAAUAGGGAACAACAUUUAUGUUACAUUUUUUCGCGAGAAGAGGGAAGGCUCGGGGCUUCUUGGAAUGUUAUUUGGUUCUUUUUCUCCCUUUUUGGAGUCAGUGAGGGUGCGCUUAGGUAAAGCAUAGCCAAAUGUUUUCUGAGUUCUUUUAGUCUGUAGGGUGGGCAAUCGUGCACAGAAUGAUUAGAAACUGAAGUACUCAUUCUUAUCUCUUAUACAUUUUACAUACAUUGAAAUAGAAAUAAAGAAAAUUUGUGGGGGAAAUAUUUUUCUCAAAUUCUGAUUAAGAAUAGAGAUAGUGGCCUAAUUUUAUCAGUGUCUGCUGAGGGCAAUAGAAUAAUCAGCAUGUAAAAGAGCAUACCAAAAAUUUGUGUCAAUUAAGUUGCUAGCCUAAUCAAAUUAUAAAUAUAACCAAAUCUAGAGUCUGAGCACCAACUCACUGAUUGAUGCCAUCUUUUCAUUUUUCUUAUUCUUAGCUUUUAAGGUUUUUAUUUUAUGACUUUUUAUAUCUCUAAGUAACUAAUAAAUUUAAGAAUUUAAUUUUGAAGGAGAGUUAGAGAAAGUUUUUAAGUUUUAUUUUACUACAUAUAUUCAGCCUAGCUAGAUAGGUUCCAAACCGACACUAAAGCAUGGCAGAUAUAGAUGACAGUCCAUAACUACUCUCUAAGUUCACAGUUUAAGAACAAAUUUAACUUUAUACAAAAAUAAUAAUUGUUAACUAUAUUUAGUUGUUGCUUUGGCAACAAAACUACAACAUGGCUACCUUUAGACAUUUGUGUGUGUGUGUGUGUGUGUGUAACUUUUAUUUGUAAACUAUCCGUGGUUUGUGACAGUACGAGCAUGUAGAUGAUACAGCUCAAAACUCAGAAAACAGAUAUGGUUGAAUAUUUUAAUCCCUAAGUCACAUGUGAAAGCUGAAUUUGUGUCCUGUGACUUUUUGGUCAAAAAGUUUACAACACGUGGAUUCUUGAGGCUGGCUUUAUAGUUUAUAGAUUUUGUUGUGUGGAUAGGGUUAUUCCACAGUAUUUUGACUUCAAAACACAAUAUAUAUAAUCACUUGACCUUUUCAUAACUUUGGUUUAUAUGACAUAUCUGUAGCUGCAAAAAAAUUUUUAUGAAAUUAUGUAUGCAAGUAUGCAUGAGGAUCAAAACAUGAUUAAACACAUUUUGAAAUUAAUUCAUAUUUGCAAAACCAUAUAUAAAGAUACUGUGGAAUGACCCCCGAACAGUGUUUAAGAGACAUAUGCUGCAGUUACCUGAUUGUCUCAGUUAGGGUGCGAAUGUGUGAGACACACCUUUUUUGCACUUAUGUACAUAGUCCAUGAAAGCAAUCUUUGGAGCUUUUUUUUUUUAAUGUAAGAAGACUGUGAUAAAUAGUGGAAAAGUCAGUAAGAGAAAGUUAUUCCUAAGGCUUUGAAAAGGAAAGAUUUUUCUUUUUGCUCUAAGAUUUAUAUAAAGCAUUUGCUAUUGUACAGGCUUUCUAGUUAGCUACAUCUUACCAGAAGAGAAAAUUGGUAGCAGGUAACAGGUCACCGUUAGGUAACAACACUGAACAAUAGUAGAAGUACUUUUUUUAGCAAGACCACUAGCAAAGAUUGUUUGCUUUUUAAGUGAAUCCCUACUUAACACACACACCCAAACACACGCACACACACCCAUACAAACGCACACCCCAGGUAGGUUGUAUGUGGCAGUUUUCUUCUUUUCAAUGACUGCAAGCAGUGAAACACCCUGUAAGCUACAAGAUAGUUUUCAUUAUGAUCAAUUCCCAUUUCAUCUUUUACAGAAAAUUAUUGAUGUAUAAUCAGUUAGCGUGUACAUCAAUAUGUAUUCAAGUGACAUUUAAAAUAUUAUUGUUGACCUCUGUUCCCUCUUUAAGAUCCAGAACCCCAAACCAAAUUGACAAGCAUUGCAAGAUUUCAUUUCCUAGUUAAGUAUGGCUGGUGUAGGGCAGUUUGUUUCCUUCAAGGAAGGAAACCUACCCCUGGCACAACUUUGGCAACUGCUUUGUUUACAUUGUGCUUGUUCAAUGGAAGCUGUUUUCUGACCUCCCUUGAGCAGAUUACAAAGUACACUUCAGUGUGCCACUUGAGCCUCCCAAUGUUCUGUUUAAAUGAAACAGAAGACAACCAGCCAAAAUCUUACAUAAUAUAGGAGCUGGAAGGGAAUGCUUUGAUCUGACUGCCUCUACCAGUUUUAGCCCCAUACCACCUACAGAUAGCCAUGGAACUUUCUUGUCCCCAAGCAAUGAGACCUAGGAAGGAUUGAGGUUAGAAAGAUUAAGGGCUAGAUCACCACAGGUACUUGGAGUCCUUCGCAUCUUGGGGCAUGUAGCUCUCGCCCUGGAAAAGGGCAGCAUUCUGGUGUUAGAAGAGCUAGUGUUGGGGUAUUAUUACCUAUUUUGCUCGCUCAGAGAUGGAAAUAUAGGCCUGGAAGAUGUGGCUCAGUGACAAUGUGUUUGCUAGCAUGUGUGAGGCCCUUAGUUACACUCCCAGAGACAGACAGGCAGGCAGGCAGACAGAGCCAGAAAGCAAUCCAAGCCUUACAGUUGUCCAGUAGCUCAGGGCCAGUUGGCUACAAACUUCUUUUUCUCACCCAUGAGCUCAUAAUCACCUAGUAGUGUCCAUGAUGCAACAAACAGCCUGACAAUCUGACCGGGAUUUCCAUUGAUAUAAAACAUUCUUUCAUUGUGUAGUUAGGAACUCCUAACUUCAACCUUAUCACCAACAUAAUUUUCUAAUGUAACCCAUUUCCUUGUGUUCGGAUUUCCUGGUGAAUCUGUGGCCCAGAAGAAUAUAUUUUCAUAAGGUUAAUAGAGGUAGGAGAUUUAUUCUGUUUUGUUUUACAGUACUGGGGACUGAACCUAGGGCCUCAAGCAUACUAGGCAAGAGCUUUGCCACUGAGUUACGUUGCCAGCCUGAGAUGUGACAUUUUAAGUCAAUAAGAAUCAUCUACAAAAUAGUAGGUAUUACAGCCCUUGGCUUAUGCUCUUUGGAGCUUGACAAGUUCAUGACGGGGCCAUAAUUCAUAUGUAUCGCUGCUGACUGGCUCUGAAGCACCAGUAGCACAUGCACAACUGUCCCAUUGGGUGGCAUGGAACAGUCCUAUCAGGUGGUACAGGCCAGAGGAUACAUGUUAAACAUAGUGACUGUGUUUAAAUAAGUAAAACAAAUCAGGGCCUGCAGUAUAACAAAGACAUGUAAGUGAGUCCAAAAGAUAACCUCUAUUAAAAUUUAGUUUGACUAAUUCAUUUAGCUUCCAGCUCCUCAAUUUGUCCCUUGCUUGUAGAAAAUUUCUCAUUAAUACUUAAAAGCUGGAGUGUUCCAAGAAAUUUUAUCUGUAUAUUGAACCCUUCCUUAGUUACUAUAUACCUAAAAUAAACAUACAUCAUUAUGAAAUAAGUUACCACUGCAGAAAAUGAAAAAAAAAUCCUUACUAGUCAUCUACAUCACGUUAUUUUUUAAAAAUACCUUUUUAACAAGACCUAAAAGUAACACAACUAUUAUGUAAGCUUUUCCUCCCAAACACACAACCUAAAGCUUUAUCUGCCAUAGAACUGCUUGGUUUCAAAGCUUUAUUUCUGUAUACAGAUGUUAUUUGUUAGUGAUGGAAAUCAAAUUAUUUUGUUGCUGUGUCUUUUGUGUCUAGCAGUUGAAGGAAUGAUAUAAUCAUCACAUCAUUAGAUUCUGGGGAUUCCCUUCUCAAAAAUGUUGCCUUUUAUUUUUAUUGUUGCUGCUUUAAUUCAUAGAAAAUGAGCCAUUUGUUUUCAAAUUACAAUAAUUGAAAUUAUAUUUCGGGGGGCUUUGGGACCAGGCCUCUCUCUGUUGUUCAGGAUGAUCUGAAGCUCCUGGGUUCAAACAAGCCUCCUACCUUAUCCUCCUUGUUAGUUGGGGUUACAGGUGUGUCCUGCCAUGCCUAGCUAUAAACUAAGAAUUUUUUAAAUAAAAGUGAUACUCCUAAAUUAAGUUAGCCCUUAAUUUAAGGGCUAGCUGUAUGCAUUCAUAUAAUAACAGUCUGGAAUAUAAAAAAUGGAGGCACUGUUUUGAGAAGAAAAAAGGCCAUUUAAAAAGACCUAUAAUAAAAUGUUUAGCACUGUGCAAAAAUAGUGGAUUUAAAUGAUGAUCAGAAUAUUUUACAAAUAAAAAGCAUUCCCAUUAUAUCAUAAUAUUUUGCCUACAAAAUUUAAUAGCUCAUUCCGUCAACUGCAGAUGUGUUGCCUUUUGGGUUUUUUUCCAAGUUCUAGUGCUGUAGUACCUGUCGGUGUUUAGAAGUGUGCAUUUUGUAACUCAUUUUAGUAUGCUACUUUUAUGUUUAAUUUUGUGCUUUUAAUAAAGUACGUAAAUUUCA